AUGAGCGAAACGCUCAGGAGUGAGGCGGGCGCGGAUAACGCGCAUUUGCCGCCCUUCUCGACGUUCGGCGAAAUGGCAGAAAACGAGCAGAGGAUACUCACAGCGGACGGCCGACUGCUCGAUCCGGCCUGGGAAUAUUACGAGAGAACCGGUGACACGGUUUCAGUCAUCGCGAGCCAGCCGCAAUAUCGACCGUGGGAGUCGAUGCCGAUUACAGUCAACUCGAAGGAUGCGAUACUACGAGCGGGCUUCUCUUCACCGCUCGACUCUUACCAGUCGGUCACAUUGCAGCCCAUACCUAACAAGCUGCCGUCCUUUCAGAGCCAAUUCCAGACGUUUCCAGAGACGACCGUGAUACCGGAGACGGGUCUACCAAGUGUCACCCCCGUGCCGGUAACAGCCAGCCCGACGCCCAGCGCGAGUCCUAGUCAGUUAACCCAGCUCACGCAGCUCACGACGCCAUCGUCUCCGGCACAUUUGACCACGUUGGCGCAGGUCACGCCUUUGUCAACUACUCUGACAACCUUAUCGCCAGUAAACGCAACAACAUUCCAUACAUUAACAGCUGUUAACGCUAGAAGUUAUCCAAUUGUGCCAGCGCCUUUACAAGCAAGAGAGCUAGCCCCAGCGGGGCAAACUUAUAUUGAUGACCGACAUAUACAACUCUAUCAACCUAAUAUCGCUACAAUCAAUGCUUUUCCAACUCAAAAUGGCAUUCUACAUCAGAAUGGAACUCUUCUUCAUCAAAACGGAAGCCUAAUACAGAACAUCCAAAGUCCUACAGUCGUUCACGUUCUGAAAAAUGAGCCCUUCGAUAUGAAAGCUCUACAAGAAAAAUACACGCCGAACGGGCUACAUCACAGUAAUUUCCAAAACCCCAUGUUAUUAGACAAUGGAUAUGAUAAAAAAACAAAUGGUUUUGGAAGUGCAUCGUCUCCAACGAGAUCAGAUUACCGUAAGAAAGAGAGACGGAAAAUGCGCGCAAACAGUUCCGAGUCUGACGGAUCCAAUAUGGAAGUAGGGUCUGAGAGUAGCGGCCAAGUCGCUGCUGUAUCUUCGACUGCAGGCUUUAAAUCUCCAAUGCAUGGAGCGCCACCUAUGACGACUGGACCUAUGGAGUUGGAUGACAUAACCAGUGAAAAACAGUACUUCCCAUCACAGACUAAAAAGAAGCGGAAACGCUGCGGGGAAUGCAUAGGCUGCCAACGCAAGGACAACUGUGGCGAUUGUGCGCCGUGUCGCAACGACAAGUCGCAUCAGAUCUGCAAGCAGAGGCGAUGCGAGAAAUUGACCGAGAAAAAGGCAUUAUUUAUACCGUUUGGUUCAUAUGUCGACCACAUUAUCUCCGCUGUGCGCACGCGUCGCGCGCAAUGUGCGCGGCAGCUGCGCAAGCGCCAUGCUCCAAUCAUGGCGGGCUGUCAAAGUACACCUCUAGGUCUUUUAUCGUAG